CGCUCCUCGCCCGCCCGUCCCCGCGGGGCUAUGAAGCCCUAGAGCCCCCCUCCCCGGGCCGUAGCAGCCGUUCGCCGCCAGCAUGUUCGGGCGCUCCCGGAGCUGGGUGGGCGGCGGGCACGGGAAGGCCGCCCGCAGCAUCCACUCCUUGGACCACCUCAAGUACAUGUAUCAUGUUUUGACUAAAAAUACAACAGUAACAGAUCACAAUCGCAACCUGCUGGUAGAGACUAUUCGUUCUAUAACAGAGAUCCUUAUAUGGGGGGAUCAGAAUGACAGCUCAGUAUUUGACUUUUUCUUGGAGAAGAAUAUGUUUGUUUUCUUCUUGAACAUCUUGCGUCAGAAGUCUGGUCGUUACGUGUGUGUACAGCUUCUGCAGACUCUGAACAUCCUUUUUGAGAACAUCAGUCAUGAAACAUCACUGUACUACCUGCUCUCCAAUAACUAUGUAAAUUCUAUUAUUGUCCACAAAUUUGACUUUUCUGAUGAGGAGAUCAUGGCGUAUUACAUAUCAUUUUUGAAAACUCUUUCCCUGAAACUCAACAAUCAUACUGUACAUUUCUUUUAUAAUGAGCACACUAAUGAUUUCGCUUUGUACACGGAAGCUAUUAAAUUUUUUAACCACCCAGAAAGCAUGGUCAGGAUUGCUGUUAGGACCAUAACUUUAAAUGUCUACAAAGUGGACAACCAACCUAUGCUGCAUUACAUUAGAGAUAAAACUGCUGUCCCUUAUUUCUCCAACCUUGUUUGGUUUAUUGGAAGCCACGUGAUAGAACUGGAUAACUGUGUGCAGACUGAUGAAGAGCACAGAAAUAGGGGCAAACUGAGUGACCUGGUAGCAGAACAUCUUGAUCAUUUACAUUACCUUAAUGAUAUCCUUAUCAUUAAUUGUGAAUUUUUAAAUGAUGUGCUGACAGACCACCUACUUAAUAGGCUCUUUCUUCCCCUCUACGUGUAUUCAUUAGUAAAUCAAGAUAAGGGUGGAGAGCGUCCAAAAAUAAGUCUCCAAGUUUCUCUCUAUCUUCUUUCUCAAGUUUUUCUAAUUAUACAUUAUGCCCCUUUGGUGAACUCGUUGGCUGAGGUUAUACUUAAUGGUGACCUCUCAGUGUUUUCUUCUAAAGUUGAGCAAGAUAUACAGAAAAACUCAGCAAAGUCGAGCAUCAGAUGUUUCAUAAAACCAACAGAAACACUUGAGAGGUCUCUUGAAAUUAACAAACAGAAGGGGAAGAAGAGGGUGCAGAAAAGACCCAACUAUAAGAAUGUUGGUGAAGAAGAUGAGGAGGAGAGAGGAUCUGAAGAUAACCAAGAUGACCUAGAUAAAACUAAAGGUACAGAAGCGAGUUCAAAGGGCAUCAGAACAAGCAGUGAAAAUGAAGAAAUAGAGAUGGUAAUCAUGGAGAGAUGUAAACUGUCAGAAUUGUCUAUCUCUACUGUGACAGAACAGAAUACAACAGAUGAAGAAAAGAGUGCAGCUGCCUCUGGGAGUGAGAUAACAAACUGGAACAGGCCUUUUCUUGAUAUGGUCUAUAAUGCGCUGGACUGUGCUGAAGAUGAUUACUAUGCCCUCUUUGUGCUCUGUCUUCUAUAUGCAAUGUCACACAACAAAGGAAUUGACCCAGUCAAGCUGGAGAGAAUUCAACUUCCAGCUCAACAUGCUGAAGAGAGAAAUUCAUAUAAUCAUGUACUUGCAGAAGGGCUUAUCAGGAUAAUGAAUUAUGCUGCACAACCAGAUGGAAAAAUCCGUUUGGCAACUUUAGAACUUGGCUGCCUGUUGCUGAAGCAGCUUGUGUUUUCUAAAAAUGGCAGCAUCAUAAAAGAUGUUCACCUUGCUUGCCUUGAGGGUGCGAGGGAAGAAAGUGUUCAUCUCCUUCGUCGUUUCUAUAAGGGAGAAGAAAUUUUUCUGGAUAUGUUUGAAGAUGAAUACCGGAGUAUGACAAUUAAACCCAUGAAUGUAGAGUACUUGAUGAUGGAUGCCUCAAUCCUGUUGCCUCCAACGGGGACACCACUGACUGGUAUUGAUUUUGUGAAAAGAUUGCCUUGUGGAGAUGUGGAAAGAACACGAAGAGCAAUCAGAGUUUUCUUUAUGCUCCGUUCACUAUCACUGCACUUGCAAGAUGAGCCAGAAACUCAGUUACCACUCACAAGGGAGGAAGAUCUGAUAAAGACAGAUGAUGUUCUUGACUUGAACAACAGUGAUCUCAUUGCUUGUACAGUCAUAACAAAGGAUGGUGGUCAAGUUCAAAGAUUCCUGGCUGUGGAUAUUUACCAGAUGAGUUUGGUUGAGCCAGAUGUUGCCAGACUUGGAUGGGGAGUAGUUAAGUUUGCAGGCCUUUUGCAGGAUAUGCAGGUGACAGGAGUAGAGGAUGACAGUAGAGCUCUGAACAUAAUAAUUCAUAAGCCUGCCUCAAGCCCUCAUUCGAAGCCCUUCCCUAUCCUUCAAGCUACAUUUAUUUUUUCUGAUCACAUUCGCUGCAUUAUUGCAAAACAACGUCUUGCAAAAGGCCGCAUCCAAGCUCGGCGUAUGAAAAUGCAGAGAAUAGCAGCUCUCCUGGAUCUUCCUGUUCAGCCUUCAACUGAAGUUGUUAUGGGUUUUGGACACAGCUCUGCAGCUACAGCCCAACACCUUCCAUUUAGAUUUUAUGAUCAGUCACGACGUGGUAGCAGUGAUCCUACAGUGCAACGCUCUGUUUUUGCAUCUGUUGACAAAGUUCCAGGCUUUGCUGUAGCCCAGUGUAUAAAUCAGCACAAUCCAUCACCACUCUCAUCACCAUCACCUUCCAGUGGCAGUGGGAGUACAGGACGCUGUGAUUCAGUGACUGCAAGCUCAACAUCCACUCCUGCUGUACAGAGCCCAUCAGAUGAUGCUUCAGCUCCAGAGCAGCCUCAGAUGACCAUUUCUGGUCAAAUGAUGUUGUCUGAUGAAACUCUUUCAGCUGUCUCAAAGUCUAGCAAGAAUGCUGUAAAAAACAGUGACAUAGAAACAGCAAACCUGUCUCCUAGCCUGAUUCCUGCACAGCAGCCCACAAUAUCAUUAAUAACAGAUGACAAUACGGAUGCACUAAGUGUAGAGUCGCUUACACUGGUGCCACCGGUUGAUCCACACAGUAUUCGAACAUUCGGCUACAUUCCUCAGUCCUCUUUGCAAUCUGAAGUUUGCAAGGUGAAAGAGGUGGAGGAAGAAUGUUCUGACUAAAGCCAACCUGCAGACUGUGACAAACAGUGAAACAAAUGCAACAAAAUUCUUUGUCGUUUUUCCUUUGGGAGUGCAGAUACUUGUUGAAGCCUGAGAGGCCAUCUGGUGCACAAGAAAGAGGCCCACUGAUGAAAGAGAAUGUGGGCAACUUUUAGAGUAAACAUCAGAUGCUCAGCAUAUUUAAACUGGAGAAGAAAAAAAAAAACAACUUUUGAAUCUGGACUGGUUGUUUCCUAGCAAUUUCUGUUAUACAAGAACAUGAAAGUAUUUCAGAGCACCUACUUUCUUUCUAUUAUAGAGUUCCAGCUGCAGGAACCAAGUUAAUUGUAGAAGGUCUACAGUAUUAUGGCAAAGCAAAGAAAUUUUUGGAUACCUAGCUUCAGGAUAUUGUAUUGUUACUUUUCUGAAGCUGGAGACAUACCAUUCAUCAGAAAAAAUUAUAUACUGUAGUAUAGAGAUAACAUUUCCAUUUGAGACAUGGUGUGUUUUUCAGUUUGUUUUUUCUUUUUUUAAAUCCUGAUCUCAUUCAUCUUUUGGAGGUCUGCAUGAUACCAGCAGGCUUGGCCACUUUCAGUGUUGUCUUCGUAGGGCUCCAGACUUCAAUAUUGUGUUUUCUGUGUGUAAUAUUUAUUUCAAGGUUUGAUUCAAAGCAAGAUAUAUAUCAAACAAUUCUUUAAAAGGUAAAAGCCUGAAAUUCAAUGAUAAAUGCUUAUUCAAAUUAACAUAAGGGAUUUUUGAGACUACUUUAGUCUUUGCUUAACCAGCUACAGAGGAAAGUGAAAUAUUUUAAGAGAUUGCCAUAGCUUGUUUGUUCGCUUCUGACAGUCAAAUUGCUAUACCUCUAAGGAAUGAUGAUACACUUUCUACUGAAGGACAACUUCCAGAAGCAGACAGAAGCAGUUUAAAGAAGUUUUUUAAAUUUUUCAUCUUCAUGUAGGAAGAAGGUCACCACAUCUACUGAUAAUUCCUUUGCAACUCUGAAACUCAAAAGGAAAGGUAUUGUGUAGUUUUUUUCCUAUCUGGGAUAGUAUCACAGUUAAACAACAUUGCUACAUAAAAGUGAUUCUGAGUUUAUGCUUGCCUUACUUUGCUUCCUAGAUCCUGAUACCAAGUUGACAGAAAGAACUGGAAAAGUGUUGAUUAAAGUUUGGAAUGUUCUUUGCUGAUUUGAUAUGUAAUUUAACAUGAAUGGAAUUCAAAAUUUCUCAUCAAAUUCCAUGUGUGUUAAUUUGAAUUAAUAGUAAAAUGAGCAGAUUGUGAUUAUUGGUCUGCUCAUAACAUUGAGUGCUUUCUGACUCAAAGAUUGAAGACUCCUAUUUACUUUACUUGGUAUUGUGAUUUCAGUCAUCAGUGCAAUCUGUUUCCUCAUCUGUCUCUGCUAACAUUGAUUUCAUAUCAAGUAGGUGAAUCUGAAAAGUUUUUACCUACUUCCCAGUCUCUUACUGUACCUAUUCCUGGCUGUCAGAUGGAACACUUGAAGUGAUUUUAUUUUAAAUGUUGUGUUUAUGUAAGAGAUUUGACUAAUCUGCAAGUAUAACUUUGCUUGCUUUUUUCCAUCUUUUCCUUCACAUAAUAACUUAAUCUUUGUAAAACUUGUAUACAAGGUGUCUGCUAUUGAAUGCCAGCGAUUUUUUUUUUUUUCUUCCCUUAUUAGCUUUUCCAUGCAGUUUUGUUGAUUUCUAGUUUCCUGUGACUUCUGCUUUGUCUCAAAUUGAAUUAACCAAUAUUCUGACCAUUCCAGAGUGGCCCAACCUCUAAAUAAAUUUUGAGAGUUAGGUGUCCUCAGUACUGCUAUGGAUACUGGAUGAGAAUUUGGCAUUGCUGGAGUAAGAGCCUACUUUUUUUUUGGUCAUAUGCUUAGGGUGAGUUUACACUGCAGUCACUAUUGUAGCUAAUGUACAUGUACCUGAACAAGCCUAGACAUCAGUAGCAAUUUGGGCACAAGGACCACAUAAAUUUUUAUUAGCUGAACUGAUUGCAGUCUAGACUUCCUCUAGUAUGUUGCAGUAUAACACUGUAGCCCCAGUAAUAUUCUGAAGAUCAUUAUAAAAAAUGAUGCCUUACUUAAUUUGGAAGCAUUUUAUGUUAGUUGUUAACCUUAACUCUUGACCUAGAUUACACAAAAUGCCACUGUGCAGGCUGAAUUCCCUUAAAUAGAAUUAAUUUUAAACAGGAAAACCUUGAUCUUUAAUUUCAAAUUCAGUUCUAGCAAGAUUAGGACCAUGCACAAGGAGUCUUUUCAAUGGGUAUGCAUAAUCUCACCCUUGAGCUGUACUACACAAGAAAUGGGACAAAAGGAAAGAAAGCUGACAUUGUGCUUUUCAUUGCCUUUGAGUGGCUUUUAAAUCUCAUGACCAGUUGUCUACUGAGAGCUUCACAGGAAGUGACUGAGAUACUAUUAUUAGGAAAAUAGAAGACUGGGUCUCCUGUCUAGUCCGCUGCUGGUAGAGCCUUGCUGGUCAAGGGGCGGUAAGGUGGGAUGCCUUUCAGCAGUUCUGUCAAAAGCUCUCUGUAAAGAUAGAAUUACACUAGGAAAGCUCUGACUGCACCAGCUCUACCAAUGUUGUGGUGUUAUAUAAAUGGUACAACUGGUACAGACCAACCUAAAUUUCUGAAUGGUUAUGCCGCGGAAGCAAUUGAUUUUUUACUUGUUUGCUUCAAAUAUUAGGGCAUAUCUGUAUACAAUUUGACUGUGCUACAUGCUGCAUUAGGAGACUUCAGUAUGUAAAAGCUUUAGAGAUGCUGAAAUAAUCUGUCAUCAGCAGUCUUUUAUCUCUGCAAGUACAGUGUUACUCAUCUACAAUUCCUUGAAGAGUAUCGUAUCUAUCUCUCCCUUAUCAGAAAAACUCAAGGGCUGUUUCCUUAUCCCCCUUUCACUGUAAAAAGGAAACUCAACCAAGAAAGCAUUAGCACAUCAGCCACAAAUGUAAUUUUUUUUCUAAACAAAAGUUGAUUUGAGUCAGUGUAACAUCACUCUUUUUAACCAAAUCCAAAAACCAAGUUGCAAAUGAGAGCAGCAGCUAAUGCCAAAAUUUUGGAGAGAUGCUAAAUUCUCAGUGUUUGUAGAGGCUAUGCCUAUCUUCAGCCAGAUUCUGUUAAAAUAAAACAGUUCUAUAAUUCUCUUGCUUUUGAGAAGAGAAGCCAAAGAAGCCAAGACAUACUGAAUGUUACUUUGCUAUUUUAUGGUCUAUGUGUCUCAUUUUAUCAAAUUUUACUAAUAUAUUACGUGUUUAACAGAACUAUGUGUUCCCUUCACUGUUAGGUCUCACUGCCUUUUGCUGGUCCCCUUUGCUUUUCUGUCAUCCAGUGUACAACAAUAAACAAGACUCAAGCUUGUAAUUUGUGAAGAGAGUAAUGGCAGCAUACUCUUGGUAAUUUGGUAAAGAAGGGGAGGGAGGAAGCAUUAGUGCCCAAUUCUAAUGUCUGCUUCAACAUGGAAGUAAUGCUUGCAGUGUAAAACUUGCGUUCAAAAAUUAAUUGUUUUGCAGAAAUUCUUUGAUACGGAAAGAAACCAAAGGUUAAGCUUCCUGCACUUCAUUUUAUAAGCUGUGUGGAUUAAACCAAAUUCAUUAGAAAUGUGGUCACAUAUAUUAGUUCUAAAAGUUGUAUUUUGUGUGUGAAGUCAUGAAUUACAUACAAUAUAAGGACUGAGCUCGUUUGUAUUCUCCACUGCUAAUUUAUGAUAAACUAAAA